AUGAAAGGGGAUAGCUAAGUAGUUUUUUCAAGUUAGCAUUAGGAAGAAAUAGAUGGUUUCUGUCCAUUCUAUUUUACAUGUAAUGAUGAAUGUCUAUAAUAAAGUUAUUUAUAUGAUUAUGGUAUCGCUGGAAGUUUAUGCAUCUUAUCAGUGAUAAUCUCAAUAUAUUUUAUUUGUAUGCAUAAGUCAUACUAUACAAAUCCUCAUUUUUAAUCUAAAAUUAUAGUUAUUCUUUUAAUGGCUCCUUUUUAUAGCGUAAUUUCGGUCCUCUCUAUAACAUUUCAUAGCAUAGCAGAUUAUUUAACUUUGAUUAGAGAUGUUUAUGAAGCAUUUUUAUUAUUCACAUUCUUUUAUUUGAUUUUCUCUUAUUUGGCUUACGAUGAUAAAGAGUAAAAAUUAAUAGAUGAAAGAGUUUAUAUAAGAAUGAUAGAACAUGAAAAAUAAGUUGUACAUAUGUUUCCUUUUAAUCUUUGCACAAAGCCAUACAAAUUAACAUGUCCAGCUAAAGCAAAAUACUUCACGUAUAGAUGCAAAAAAUAUGUUCUCUAGUUUUUCGUUUUUAAGCCUGUGCUUUCCGUUUUUCUCUUGAUAUUUUAAUUUUUUUAAGGCUCUGAAUUUAUAUCAUCUAUAGAUUCAUUCAUAAGAAUAUUUAUUGCUACUUCUGUCACAUAUUCUUUAUAUUACUUGAUUUUAUUUUAUCAGGCACUAAAAAAGCCACUAGCUCCUUGGCAUCCUUUACUUAAGUUUUUAACAAUUAAAAUUACACUCUUCUUUACAUUUUGGCAAGAUCUUACACUUGAUUAUGUCCUUAAAGAGCCACUUUUAAACUGCUUUGAUAAAAGUUCUCCUCAUUUCAACGAAGAAAGAAUUCUAAAUGGUAUUGAGAACACCUUUGUGUGUUUUGAAAUGUGUUUGAUGGCUAUUGCAGGAGGAAUAGCCUAUAGUUACAAACCAUUUAUUCAUGGAGAAGUUAAAUAAAGUAAUAUCACAGAUGUUUUAAAAGAUAAUUGGGAUACUUUUAAAAGAGACUUUAGAUUAAUUAAACCUAAAAAAUUCGGCUUUAAAGAAACUUAUAAAUAGUAAAAUUAUACUCCUGAUCCUUCAAGAAUUUCUAAAAUAGAAAACAUUGAAUUAGAUGCACCAAAUAAAAACUUAUAUGAGAAUCUGAAUAUGUCGUAUGUAUGA